AUGUGGCGGGCGCUGGUGGGCGCGCGGCGGCUCCUGCGGCCGGUGGGGGCCGCGGCCGGAGGCGCCCCGCGGGCGGAGCUGCCGCCACCCCGGGCCCAGCCGGAUCGGGGCUGCGCGGCGGCGGGAGGCGGAGCCGGGCCCGGGGCGCUGGGGGCGGCGGAGCAGCGCCAGCCGGCAGAUACUGUUCUUCCAAAGUUCAACAUUGACUUGGCUGUAGCACUGCUGAGGCAGGAAAAUGCUAAAGACAUCUGUGUCAUCCAGCUAUCUCCAGAACUAAAAUACUGUGAUUAUUUUAUAAGUGUGAGCGGAUUUUCAACGCGGCAUCUUCAUGCAAUGGCAAAUUACAUGCUGAAAAUGUACAAGCAUCUCAAGGAAGAAGGUGGUCCUCAUACUCAGAUUGAAGGAAAAGAGACAGAUGACUGGCUAUGCAUUGAUUUUGGUAACAUAGUAGUUCACUUCAUGCUGCCAGAGACACGAGAAGUUUAUGAAUUGGAGAAGCUGUGGACUCUUGGUCCCUACGAUGACCAGUUAGCACAGAUGACUCCACAGUCCCUGCCAAAGGACUUUAUCUUUGGACUGACUCCUAACAGCAGUGAUCAUCUUGAGACAAGAAUUUGAAGCAGCUACUGCAUGGAAAGAGGACUAGUGUGCCUGAGUCAUACAAUCUUGAGAACUGAGUAGUCAGUACAGUUGAUGAGUACAAAGCAGUGUUUUUAUUGGAUGUGCCCAGGAAGAGUUCUGAGCAAGCUAAAGUGAGCAGAAUCAUAGAAUCAUUAAGAUUGAAAAAAAUCCUUAAGAUUAGAGUUCAACCAUGAAAUGUCAAAGAAGGGAUCCUAUCAGGGCUUCCCAGGGGAGCCAUUGGCUUAGUGGAGUUUGCAGUAAGAAGAGCGGGGCAGAGACAGCUGCUUAAGCUGGAACUCGUGCUUAGCCUCUAGAGUAAUUGUUUUUCUAAUAUCUUUGAAAAACACCCUGUAGUGGCAGUGCAAAACAGACUGGAGUGCUGCAAGGAAAAUCUGUGAAAUAGUACACUUGAGAUGACACUUCUUGUGUUGAGCCAUUUGCUUCUGGUCACAAUAAAGCAACUCAUGGUCUGAAGGGGGGAUAGAAAACACACUGGUGUUACUGAGAACAUAAAAGCCAAGAGCAACAGUGACAAAUAAAUGUGCUUUGAGUUAUCAGAACAGUAAAUCAGUUUUCCAGCCAAGGCAAACCUGGUUUUAAUAAUAAUAAAAAAGCCCCAAACCGAA